GAGCUAGUUUUGCUAGUACAUCCUUCUCCAAUCACAACCUUAGAUAUAUCUACUCAAAAAAAAAAAAAAAGACAAAAUAAAGAAUGUUGAAGCCACAUGUUUACCAUUCCAACACCAAAACCCUAUUACCAUUGCCUAAGCCAUUUUUCCAUGGGAUUAGCUGUGCUUUUCUUCCAGUGCAGAACUCCAGGCCUCCUUCUUCAUCCAGCAGAACAGGCAAAGCCUUUAAAGCUGGGUUUGUCCCAAAAAACAUCAAAGCAUCGGUAGCCAGUAGUGUUAGUGAUGAUAUUGAUGCGGCUUCCACUGUGAAAGCUUUAGUCACUGUUAAACAAACCGUUGGUGGUUUUCUCACCAACUUAGGGUUAGAAAGAGGACUAGAUGAUAUCCGAGACUUGCUUGGUAAAUCAAUUCUCUUGGAGCUUGUUAGUGCUGAACUUGACCCAAAAACCGGGCAAGAGAAGAAAACGAUUAAAGCUUAUGCACAUCGAGUGAAACAAGAGGGUGACAAUGUAAUGUAUGAGGCUGAAUUUAAAAUUGGGUCAGAUUUUGGGGAUCUUGGAGCAGUUCUUGUUGAGAAUGAACACCAUAAAGAGAUGUUUUUGGAGGACAUAGUGCUUGAUGGUUUCUUCAAUAAUGGUUCUAUUAGCAUCAAGUGUAAUUCUUGGGUUCACUCAAAGUAUGACAAUUCUCAGAAAAGAAUUUUUUUCACCGACAAGUCGUAUUUACCGUCACAAACGCCAAGCGGAUUAAAGAGAUUGAGAAAGGAGGAGCUGGAGGCACUGAGAGGCAAUGGUGAAGGAGAGCGUAAGUCCUUUGAGAGGAUAUAUGAUUAUGAUGUUUACAAUGAUGUAGGCGACCCUGAUUCUGAUCUAAGUAAGAAAAGACCUGUGCUCGGCGGCAAUAAAGACCUCCCUUACCCAAGACGUUGCCGGACCGGACGCCCACGUUGUGAUUCAGACCCAGCUUCGGAGAAAAAGAGCAAUAUAUUUUACGUACCAAGGGAUGAAUGCUUCUCGGAGGUGAAGCAGCUGACAUUCUCGGCAAAGACGAUGUACUCGGUAUUUCACGCAGUGAUCCCAUCGCUACAGACAGCGAUUGUAGACCGUGAACUUGGGUUCCCAUACUUCACAGCGAUAGACCAGUUGUUCAAUGAGGGGAUUGACUUGCCUCCAGAGGCUCAACAAAACUUGUGGAGAUCUCUUCUCCCCAGACUUCUUAAGGCUAUUUCUGAUGGAAGUGAUAAUGUGUUGCGCUUCGAGACUCCUGAUACAAUGGAUAGAGACAAAUUCUUUUGGUUUAGAGAUGAAGAAUUUGCUCGACAAACACUUACCGGAAUCAACCCAUACGCUCUUCGAUUGGUCACGGAAUGGCCGAUGAAGAGCAAACUUGACCCUGAGAUCUACGGCACUGCGGAAUCAGCAAUCACCAAAGAAAUGAUCGAGUGUGAAAUCAAAGGUUACAUGACAUUUGAUGAGGCAAUGAAACAAAAAAAGUUGUUCGUUCUAGAUUACCACGACUUGUUGCUACCAUAUGUCAAGAAAGUUAGAGAGCUUCCAGGCACAACAUUAUAUGGAUCACGCACAUUAUUUUUCUUAAAUCCAGAUGAGACCCUGAGGCCUCUGGCCAUCGAGCUCACUCGACCACCCAUGGAUGGGAAACCAGAGUGGAAGGAUGUAUACAGAACUUCAUGGCAUUCCACAGGGGUCUGGCUUUGGAGGCUGGCCAAAGCUCAUGUGCUUGCUCAUGAUUCGGGCUAUCACCAGCUUGUUAGCCACUGGUUAAGAACUCACUGUUGUACAGAACCUUAUAUAAUUGCUACUAAUCGGCAACUCAGUGCGAUGCAUCCAAUCUAUAGAUUGCUCCAUCCUCAUUUCCGUUACACAAUGGAAAUCAAUGCACUAGCUCGAGAGUAUCUUAUCAGUGCUGAUGGGAUCAUUGAGUCCUCGUUCAGCCCUGGCAAGUAUUCCUUGGAGCUUAGUGCUGUUGCCUAUGACCUUCAGUGGCGAUUUGAUCAUGAAGCACUACCUGCAGACUUAAUUAGCAGGGGGAUGGCUGUUGAAGAUCCAAGUGCUCCUCAUGGCCUAAGGCUAACAAUCAAGGAUUACCCUUUUGCCAAUGAUGGACUCCUUCUCUGGGAUAUUCUCAAAGAAUGGGUUUCUGAUUAUGUAAAUCACUACUAUCCAAAUGCAAGUCUUGUGGAAUCAGACCAAGAACUUCAAGCAUGGUGGACGGAAAUUCGUACGGUUGGCCAUGGUGACAAGAAAGAUGAACCUUGGUGGCCUGUCCUGAAAACGCCAGAAGACUUAAUCCAUAUUAUUACAACCAUCGCUUGGGUAGCCUCAGGUCAUCAUGCAUCCGUGAACUUUGGACAAUAUACAUAUGCCGGCUACUUUCCCAGUAGGCCAACAAUUGCCAGAAGAAAUAUGCCAACUGAGGUGGCAACUGAAAAAGAUUGGGAAUUCUUCAAGAAUAAACCUGAAGUUUUACUCCUACUAUGCUUCCCUUCACAAAUUCAAGCAACUACAGUGAUGGCUAUUUUGGAUGUUUUAUCAAACCAUUCUCCGGAUGAGGAGUACUUGGGAGAAAAUUCGGAGGCAGCAUGGGCUGAAAAUCCUGUGAUAAAAGCUGCAUUUGAAAAAUUUAAUGGGAGGCUAAUUGAGCUCGAAGGGAUUAUUGAUGCAAGGAAUGCAAACAAGGAAUUUAGGAACAGAAAUGGUGCUGGGAUUAUGCCAUACGAGUUUUUGAAGCCAUUCUCUGAGCCUGGGGUCACUGGGAAGGGGGUUCCAUAUAGCAUCUCCAUUUGAGGUCAAUAACUCAAAUGUUCUAUUAUGGGUAUUAUGGAUAUGUUCAAAUGUCUUAGGGAUGUUGACAUUUUGUAUUAUGUAUUGUUAAAACAUUUUAAGGCGCAUGCCUGUUGAACCAAGCUUGGCUCCCUUCAAGAAAAA